UAAUUUGAAUUGCUAUAUAUAUCUGCCAGCAUAAAAACCAGAUGGUCAAUGAGGAGCUCUGGAAUGAAGCACGAACAUAUGAAGAUAUCCAGCUGAUGCCAUUUGUUGAUUACUAUAGCCUUAUAACAUGGAAGACCAUAGCCAUCUGCAUAUUUGGGACAGAAGCAGUUUCAGCAAAGUUCGUUAUGAAGACAGACGAUGAUGCAUUUGUUCGCGUUGAUGAAGUCUUGGCUUCUUUAGAUAGGAUAAAUGUGAAUCGUGGUCUGCUAUACGGUCUCAUAAAUUCAGAUUCACGCCCUCACCGAAAUACAGAUAGCAAGUGGUAUAUUAGUCCCGAGGUAACUGUUCUCUUGAUUCUCUAUUAGUUCAUGAUCUGUUUA